AUGCUUGUUUCCCUGCUAUUCAGUGCCACGGCGGUGGUUGCUGUGCCGACGGUUCUUGAACGCGAUAGCUCAUAUCCGAUUCAAGUGAGCAAAGAUGCGCCCGAGAGUGCUGGUGUUGCAAUUUUGCAACCUUUCGUAUCGUUUUCUAUCGAGUUUUCGUCCUUUCCAGAUUUCGCAGGAAAUGUAUCGCAGCCUAAUCAUUUCUCAAACCAAUUGCUGGACAACCUUGCAGAUCUCCAGGGUACAAAGCCACAUAUUCGCGUCGGCGGAAAUACUCAAUUUGGCUUUGUACGACCCCAAUCUGAAGACUUCAAUCAACGGAACCGUAGUUCCCUCUCUUUGACGGAUUAUCCGUCUAUCAUAUAUAUUGGCGAUUCAUACUUCGAGUCCUAUGCAACAUGGCCAGGAACUAAAUUCAGCCACGGAUUCAAUCUUGGCAAGAAUGGCACAGCUGGGAUGAACACCCUUCUUGGCACUGUUCCUCUUGCCUGCAAAGCUCUCAAAGAUGGAAAACUUGCCUACUGGGAGUUAGGAAAUGAGCCCGACUUGUUCACGGCUUAUCCUGUCCGUCCGGCCGACUGGGAUGAGAAGUCCUACGUAGAUGAGUGGCUGGCUAAGACGAAGAUAAUAAAACGACAGCUUAAGAAAAGUUGUCCUGAGCUGUCUACUGAUUCAAACUACAAGUAUAUGGCACCGUCAUUUGCAGGCCUCACUAAUGGCAUGGACCCUGUUAAAGCGUGGCAGGCAGGAUUGGAUGAUGAUCAUGACAUUGGGCUGAAUUCAAUGCACAACUAUAUUGGGGGUGCAGAUCAACCCGGUGUGACUCUGGCAAGGACCCUGUUGAACCACACAUCAACCGUUCACAGUGUUGCUCAGCACGUCAAAUUAUCUCGCGUCCUUAACGAAAAAGGCCUGACGAAAGAUAUCCCAUACAUCCUGGGCGAAACAAACUCCCUCUACCGUCAGGGCAAGCCCGGACUUUCCAACUCUUUCGGCGCCGCUCUCUGGGGAGUCGACUUCAACCUCUACUGCGCAUCGCAGAGUAUCCGCCGAACCCACAUGCACCAAGGAACAAACUAUCGUUACGCCUCCUGGCAGCCCAUCCAGACAGACAAGGCCACGAUAGGCACCAAAGCUCCUUACUACGGCAAUGUCAUGGUGGCCGCAAUGCUGCGGGGUGGAGACUCCGAUAGCGAGAGCAACAGCAGCUCAGAAGUCCAAGUGGUUAAUCUGCCGAUGUCCCACGAAACAGAAGCCGCCUAUGCAGCAUAUGUGAAUGGAAACCUUGCUCGAAUUGCUGUGAUCAAUAUGCAGGAGUACAAUUACACCGGCUCAGGGGAACCGGCAGCUCGGCGACCUUCGGCCAACUAUGCCUUCCGUUUGCCCGAAAUCUCGGCCAGGUCCCUAUCAGUGCAACGACUGUUGGCAAAUGGUAGCGACGCUAUUUCUGGGAUAUCGUGGGAUGGCUGGUCCUAUAACUAUGAAUUGAAAGGGGGCGCACCCGAGCGGCUGGGAAAUGUCACCAUCGGUGAGACUGUGAAAGUUGAUGGUCGGGGAGAGGUGGAAGUUGAAAUUCCAUACUCGAGUGCUGUUAUCUUGAGCCUAGACUCUUAG